GUUAAUACCUGACUGAGAGCAGAUACUUUAUCACAGAAUCAUGUAAUCAUAGAAAGGCUCAGGUUGGAAGAGACCUCAAGGAUCAUCCAGUUGCAACCCCCUGCCAUGGCCAAGGCUACCAACCAGGCGAUAGAUCGGUUUGCACAGCCUCCAUCCCAACUAGCCUUGAACAAAUGUUUCUGCUUGCCCCCUUGCUGAAAGGAAAAGAAGAUAAUUAAGACGGAGCCUGGUUCUCCCUUUGCCUGACCUUACUGGAAAGGUAACUGCACUGAUGGCUUGCUCCAGCUGGCUGUGCUGGCAGUGAGUCAGUGGCACCGUGUGGUCAAUUGCCUCAAAGUUGCAAAGGAAAUGCAUAGCAUGAGGUAUUGCUGCUUUGCAUUAGCACUGUGAGCAGUAGCUCGUAACGAAGGUGGUGAAAGAAUAUUGUAUUCCAUCCUUGGACUGUGGAUGGAAGUAGAUAUGGGCCUGCCUGUGUUCAAACCACCUUGUACUGUGACCCUGCAAGAAACUUCCUGCUAACAUCCUUGUAGCUUGCAGUCCCUGAUAACAUCAUGGCAUCCUUCACGUGAGGGAAAUGCUGAGCCCUACCUACCUUCUGCUACAUCCAUGCUUCUCUUCACUUUCCCUGCUGCCCGGCUUUGUAGGAUAAUCUUUUCUUCUUAUCCUUAGGCGUAGCACAGCCCUGCUGUUCUUGAGCUCAUUACGUUUCUGUUGCAAACAAAUAGUAGUUCUUCCUUCUGUUGCUGUUUGCGGAUCAAAAGCAGUUUGAGAUUUUAGUGUUUUGAGGUACUGUGACCCUGAUGAUGUAUGAUGCUCUGGGAGUAGGGGAAUGAGAGGUAGACUUAGCACUGAAGAAGUGCUAGUGCCCCAGAGGCUGGGUAUCGUGCAGACAGUGCCCUGUUGUAUGGGCUUUUGCCAGCGUCCUCCAGAGGAGAACAUUAGGACUGGUGAAUUGCCAGCUCUUAGCUGUGCAUAUCUUUCUCCGGCUCCUUGAAAUCAGGAUAUGAUUUCAAGAUGGUAUAAAUCAACCGGUUACUUGAUAUAAUGGCAAAGUAAAACUGUAACAGGUGCCUGGGGAUAACUCAUAUGCGUACCACUUCUAGCUCUCCUCCUCUGAAAGCCAUUCCCUUGCAUGGCAGAGACAUGCAUCUUCAUGCAAGGAAAUACCAAGGUUGUCCCUUUCAAAGAGGAACUUUCGGCUCCUAUUGCUGAGACAGAAUGCUCCUGAAGCUGUUUAUAACUGCAUGUUCCCUAAGCUUUGAAAAGAGCUAGCUGUCCGUGCCCUUCCUGGUUUUUUCUUCUGCUUGCACAUUAAAGCUUUUGUUUUUCAUGCUGUUGUUUUUAACCUGACAGUAACUUGAUCUCUCUUCACUUUUUUUUUUUUCCCCUCCUCAUUCAAAAUUGUCAUAAGGGAAAUCUCUCCUCUUGCUCUUUUCUGUGUUCGAGUAACUGAUGGCUGCUUUGUGCCAGAGCAGCUGGGGUUCCUUAUGACAAGCUGAGAUGUCUCCCUGUCCAGCACCUCCUUCCUCAUUUCAGCUACACAUAAAUGUUCUGGGUGGGGAAGGUGGUUAAUAACGCUUUCCUCCCCUGCUGGCCUUUGUCUCCAAUUAGCCACUGCUCAAAGCACAUCUUUUCCUGCAGUGCAGAUCAGAUGGUAUGGGAAGGGAUACGUGACAGACAGCUCUUGGUGUCUCAGCCCACCCAGGGGUGGAUGAGCUCUCCACUCCCUGGCAGAGGAAUCCCUGGCAUGUGAGAACGGAGGUGGUUCCAAGGGAAGAAGUUUUUGAAGAGGACACAGCUUUAUUCUUUGCUUCCCUCCUUUUACGAAGGGAUAAGGAGUGGGUUCAUGUUCCCACUCCUUCACAAAGGCAACUGAGCAGUGAAAACUGCCUCCUGGGAACUGUCGGCAGUGGAACAGCAGAGGGUACUGCAGGGCCAGCUUGCUUUGGCAGAGCUGCAGGGCAGGCUGCGGUAACGGGGAGGCAGUGCAGCCAUGCACGGGCUGAGGAGCUGCAGAGCUUGUGCUGAGCCUGACGGACAGUGAUGUAUGCAAAUGUCAAGUGAGGAAAAAAAGCUCUGCUUCUUCAAACCGUGUGUCCUGCUAGGUUGACAUGGCACACCAGCGCCUGGAAAGUGAAGCAGUUUGUUAAAUGUCAGGAGCAACAACUUCUGUUAGGGAGUUUCUCAUGGCAUGUGGAGCAUUGAGGCCAUCUGGGAAGAAGAUGAAGACCUGCUGAUCGUGACUCCUCCAGCAAUUGUCCUGUGUGCUGGGCCAGCUCAGAGGAUGCUGGCAUUUAUGUCCUGUAGGAACUGGAGCCUUACUGGAUCAAGGCAGUCCUUCAUCUCACCUGAGCCUUGGUGAGCUGAUGUCCAGAGGUAACACCUUGCAGAAGUACAGGACGCUCAACUGAAGAGAGCUACACUAAUGUACCAGCAAGGGAUGUCUUCCAGCAGCCUCUGCUAGCUGUCUUUCCAGAUUCCUUGUAUUCUUCUCUUCCCCUUAUGUCAGGAUGGAGCAAAACUGGUGGUGUAGAAGGAAGAGGUGCCAGAUACUGCUUCUUGAGUAAGUGGUCCUUCUGCUCCUAAAAGACAAUAACAAAGACUAAGAUAAGUAAAUUUCCUGGGCACAAUGAGAUGCCUUUGGGUUUCUGUAGCCUCUUGCUUUAGCCCCAGGAAGAACGCCUGAGGAAGAGCAAGAUGGUCCUUUACAGCUUCGGAGAAGGGAACAGCACCAGGCCCUCCAUCAGUGGAUCACCACAGAGGUAGCUUUUCGUGAGGCCAUGGCCGUGGUGGGUCCCUCCACUGUGCUGUGUCGAAAUAUAUCAAAAGCAAACCCUGUAACUCUUCCAUUGGCUUCAGGCUUACAGUCUCUGUUUUUACGGUGAAAUAACCCCACCAAAAAUGAAGUUGCCACAACCACAAUGCAGGGGAUGGCAUUGGUGGAUUUCCUAAAAAUGUCACUAAAAAGGCAACAGCGAAGCUUCUAGGAGUGCUUGCUGCUGAACUGUAAGAUAUGAACGUGGACAACCCUUUUAUCAAAGUCCAUGUUGGAGCCCUCGGUGGCCAGAUAUGAUUUCCUUUGAGUGGUUGCCAUCUGCCUUAAUUUAUGGCUUUUCCCUUCAGCGUUAAGUUCUCCUCAGGUUAAUCAGUAAACGUGCCCUGUUGUAUUUCACUCAUUCCCCCUGGGUGGGCUGGACACUUCUCCACUCUGCUCCCAUCCAGGAUGCAUGUGGGCCAUGGAAAGUGCCCGGCUGGCAAAGGGGAGCACCCUGGCACAGGGCUGAGGGCUUGGGCUGCCUGAUGAAGAUGAGACGCCAUAAGCUCUUUCUGACUCUCUGCAUGGCUGGUCUCUGCCUCAUCUCCUUCUUGCACUUCCUGAAGGCCCUUUCCUAUGUCACCUUCCCCCGGGACCUGGCUUCACUGAGCCCCAACCUCGUCUCCAGCUUCUUCUGGAACAAUGCCCCCGUCACGCCACAGGUUAGCCCUGAACCGGGGGGCGCGGAGUUCCUCCGCACACCCCUGUACUCCCACUCUCCCUUACUCCAGCCCCUGCCACCCAGCAGAGCCAGCGAAGAGCUGCACAAAGUCGAGUUUGUGCUGCCGGAAGACACGACGGAAUAUUUUGUCCGAACCAAAGCCGGCGGUGUCUGCUUUAAACCGGGUACCAAGGUGUUGGAGAAGCCACCAGUGGGAGGGCGGCCGGAGGAGCGCGCAGAUGGUGCGGCUUCAGGGCGUCCUGCUCGCAAACCGCUGAGCGCAGGUGGGACCAAGCGGCGCAAGUGGGUGGAGUGUGUGUGCUUGCCGGGCUGGCACGGCCCCAGCUGUGGCGUUCCUACCGUGGUCCAGUACUCCAACCUGCCCACCAAGGACCGCCUGGUGCCACGGGAGAUCCCCCGGCGAGUCAUCAACGCUAUCAACAUCAACCAUGAGUUUGACCUGCUGGAUGUCCGCUUCCACGAGCUGGGAGAUGUGGUGGAUGUCUUUGUGGUGUGUGAAUCGAACUUCACGGCCUACGGAGAGCCACGGCCCCUCAAGUUCCGCGAGAUGCUCCUCAACGGCUCCUAUGAGUACAUCCGCCACAAAGUGCUCUAUGUCUUCCUGGACCACUUCCCUGCUGGUGGGCGCCAGGAUGGCUGGAUCGCUGACGAUUACCUGCGCACCUUCCUCACCCGAGAUGGCGUCUCUCGCCUCCGCAACCUGCGCCCGGAUGAUGUGUUCAUCAUCGAUGAUGCUGAUGAGAUCCCGGCUCGUGACGGCGUGCUCUUCCUCAAGCUCUACGACGGCUGGACGGAACCCUUCGCCUUUCACAUGCGCAAGUCUCUCUAUGGCUUCUUCUGGAAGCAACCGGGCACCUUGGAGGUGGUUUCAGGCUGCACUAUGGGGAUGCUCCAGGCUGUCUAUGCUACUGAUGGGAUCCGUCUGCGGCGCCGUGAAUACUACACCAUGCCUGGUUUCCGGCAGUAUGAGAACAGCACGGGACACAUCCUGGUGCAGUGGUCGCUGGGCAGCCCCCUCCACUUUGCUGGCUGGCACUGCUCCUGGUGUUUCACCCCAGAGGGGAUCUACUUCAAACUGGUAUCGGCCCAGAAUGGGGACUUCCCCCGUUGGGGUGACUACGAGGAUAAACGAGACCUCAAUUAUAUCCGGGAGCUGAUCCGGACUGGUGGCUGGUUUGAUGGUACGACGCAGGAGUAUCCCCCUGCUGACCCUAAGGAGCACAUGUAUGCUCCCAAGUAUCUGCUCAAGAACUACCAGCAGUUCCAUUACUUGCUGGAGAACCCAUACCGAAAAGCGGAGGGUGCUGGUUGAGAUCGCUGGACUGCUGUGGGAAAUCAGAACUUCACGACAAAGGGAAAGAGUUGGGUGUUUGUCUGUUCCUUUCUUUUUUGUUUUCUUUGAUUCCAGAUGGGGUGUGCCAUUUCUCCAUGGUCUCUGUCCUACCUCCCUUCCCUUCUUCCCACGGUGAUGCCUGGGGACAAAUUCCUCAGACAAAUGAAGGGAGACCUGGGCAGGAGGAGGGGAGAGGUGUGGGCAGUAGCAUAAAGACCUCCCUGCGUCUUCUGGACCUUUCUGCUGGCUGGAGAGACUUGCUGCAUCCAGCUGGUGGAUUUUCCUUCUUGUGGGGCUGGGAGGGCUCCCUGAGGAAAGAGGGCAGCUGUUCCCAUCCACCUUUAUCUGUUGUGGAUUGGAGCAAGCACAGAUGCGAGCCUGAGCUGUUCAUUGAGCGUUUGAGUCAGCAGGCACAAAGCGAUGCGAGGGGUCACAUGUGCAGAUGUGUGUCACAGGCAUUUUUUGGAUGAGUGAAUGUGCAAAAGCAUCUCAGUAUGCAUUUUUUUUUAUACCUCUAUGUUCAAGGUAUUUUGGGGAAGGCAAAUCCUUUGCUUCCAAGGUGUUCUCCCCUACACACUGCCUCCUCCCACAAAUUUAAUAUAUCUGUCCGAGGCUGUUUCUCAGCCUGAUCCUCUACCAGACCUGAAGCAGGCAGGUGGGAAGCAGAGAGGAAAGCCAAUUUUUUUUAAUUUUUUUUUUUUAAUUUUUUUUUUCUGUUUACUCCCUUUUCACCCUGCCCCCAAAAUGCUGCACUGGCUUGCUCCACAGGAGCUGAAGCAUCUUCCCUGCAGCAUGUGCUUUGUUUGGGUCUGGGAUAAGCUGCAGGGGACUAAAUCAGAUGGUGGGAGUAUAUGUUUACAAGUGCAUGGUUUCCUAUGUGCAUGAGUGCUAACAUGCAUGGUUUUGGUAUGCACGUGGGUGUUUGUCACUGGUGUUGGGAGGGGAGGGGUCAAAGUUGGUCUUGGGUGGUGUGUGUAUUUUCAGGAAAUGGUGGCAUCCAUAAGCUGUGAUCUGUCUUGUCAUGGAUGGCAUUUCGGGGAGAGCAUCAGCUCUUCAUAGCAGGGUGUGCCAUGUGGAGCUCUUACAUGCCUCUCUGGCUGCCUUUGCACCCUUGUGGGCUGUGCCUGCUGCAAGGAUUCUGUUUACAUGUGCUGGCUAUUUUCAAUUGCCAUGGGGGAAAUGAGAGGAGAAGGGCAAAGUUCUGAGUCACCAAUGGGUGUUGUGGGGAAACACAAAGCAUGUUGAGGCACAGGACCCACUGCGAGCUUGUGGAGAAUGGAGCUGUGGGUAGAAUCCCUCUGGGGCCAGAAGACUUUUCUGGGACAAUCAUGCAAUCCACAGCCUGGACUGUGCAGAUUAGGCCAUGCAGAAUAGAGGAGAUGUAGGAUGACAUUCCUUGCAGCUGGUGGGCCAGUGUCCACACAGAGCUGGCCACUGAUGGGUAGCCAAGAUUAGCCUGUUGCUGUAGUAGACUGGUUCAGCUCAUUGAGGAAGCAGAUUGGCAUCUCCACCCUCACCACCCUUCCUUAGCAGAUGGCUUGACAGGGUGCCCAGAGCCCACGCUGUGGUGGGAAGAGGGAGAAAAACACGAAUGUGCUCUGUUGGCCUUACAGUGGAAAUAUUGGCUCGUCUUCCAAACAAAUAAGUGAGGAUCAUGUGGAGGAGGAGAAUGUUGUCAUAAUGAAGAGUGACCCUGCCAUCAGGCCAGCUGGAACAAGAGGGUUUCCACUGACCUCAACUCACUCCAUCAGGGCUUCAUAUUCCCAUGUCAUCCAUCCCAUUCUCUCCAUUGCGCUCCAUUCCUAUCUCUGUCUCUCUCUCUCUCUUCUAUUUGCUUCUUUAGAGAUGUGAAAAGCAUCAGGAAAGAUAAUUUGGUUCCCUAAGAAGAAUUAAAUUUGAACAGAAAGAUGAAUGUUGUUUUUCUGAUCAAACUGAGUUGGACUUCAUCUUAGUUCCUUCCCCCCAUCUCACGUGCCACAAUGUCUGCUUGGAAGAACUGAGGGAUCCCCUCUUUUCUUGUUGUUUUGUUUUUGUGUUCUUUUUAAUAUAUACGUGUAUGUUGCUGUUUUCCUUUGUGAUGUGUUUCCCAAGAAGAGGAAAGUCCCUUUGAGAACUGAGCAGGAGAAGGCUUGGUGGGUGGAAUGCUCUCCCCUCAAAGAGAAGCUGUGGCUUUGCCGAGCUCAGUCUUGUUGAUGCAGGAGGGAAUUUUGCCAUGGUCACAGAGACAUGGUCACAUGGACACAGAGGCAGGGGGAGACUGUAGAGAAAUCAGGGCUUGGAUGAGAAAGGAGGAGUCACUUUUAGCAAGUUAGAGCAAUAGCUCUGAGACUGCUGCAUGAGAGCUUUCCCCAGGGAUAACCAGAGGAGAGCCCAGUGUAUUGACACAAGGGAUUUGGUAACAGUAAAUUGAAAAGUAAAAAGGGAAGAAGCUAUUCCUCAUUUUCAAUCUAGGAUCUACAUUCAGGCAUUGCCUUGGUGACAACACAAGUCUCAGGUCAGGCGUUCCUGAAGACGGGAGAGGUCAGUCAUUGCAUACAUGCUUUGGGAGCAGCAGAGCACCACAGAAAACAGGCAGAAGCACACGCAUGCUGAGGCUGCACCACCCGAUCUGCAGUGGCAGCAGCCUCUCCCAUCCUACCAGCCCUUCCCACACAUGGGCUUCCGUGGGGAUUUUUAGUGCAUUGCAAGUUGUGUUUUCAUCACUGGGGUAUGGUUUUCAUCUCAGCAGAUUCAGAUAAGCUGUAACUGCAGUUAUCAGCAUCUCCUAUUCCCAAAGUUCAGCCUGUUCCCUUCCCUCCCCUCUCUUUCACUAUUUGCUCCAUUGUUCCCCUCUUCUCCCUUCUGAGAAGGUCCCACUGGAACAGGCGAGAGCAGCACUGGGGCUCUUCUGCACGACUCUGGCCCUGUCAACCUCCUGGAUGUCUCCAUUUCCUUAUUCUUAGGAAAUCAAAUUUAAAACAGGCUUCUGUUGUGGAUGGAGGAAGGGACUUCACAGCUGAAAUGCAUUUUUUCUUUUUCUUUCUCAAGAAUCAUCCAGUGUUUUGAUUUAAGGCCAAACCAGUUAAUGUUCCUGUUGUUUCUGUAAGCCCUGUGUUUAUUAUCCUUAGGGAGUUGGAGUGCUUGUCAUUAAAAGUCUUCCAUCGCCUCCCUUGAGGGAUGGGGAUAAGCACGAUGACUUCUGCACAGCGAUUUCCCAAGGUGGUGGCUUGCCCUCAGCCAUCCCUGUCUGAGCCAGACAAUGAAGUUUGGAAAGGGAUGAACUGAAAACCAAAUCCCAUUCUGCCCCAGGACUGGUUGUUGCAGCGAAACCAUGAGCCCACUGUCUUUCUGGGACCAACGUUGUCCGUGGUUCACCAACCUUUCCCCACAGAUGUGUGCUUUUUCUUCCCCAGAACCUUUUCACCUUCAGGUUAAUUGGUGUUAUCUGUAAUUGGUGCAUCCCUAUACUUUGCCCUUCUUUCUGCCCAACUCUGCUUGACUUCCUUUGUGCCCAUGCAUGGCUUUGAAGUGGAAAGCUUCUCUUCCUCCUUCUUCCCAGGUGAAGGAGAGGAUGUGGGCUAAUGCCUCUGUCCCUCCAGAGGAACAAAGGCAGUGAGGAGGUGCAGUAUACCCAGCAAGGGAUUGGAUGGGGUUGUGCCUGCAUGAAGGACAACAUACUCAACAGUCUGCUCUCACUGUUGCUUUCUCUGAUCCCUGUGUCUUGCUGAGGUGUUUUCUGUUGUGCAGCCUGUUCUUUGUGCCUCUGUGCUGGAUAAAGGAAGGGGACCUUGUGGCCUCCAGGUAACUUAAGAGUCAGGGUGGGGGCAGGGUCAGUGCAGAACGGGUAUUUGUUCCCCUGGUGCCUCUUGGUGUGUCCUUGUGGGGUGGCAGUGUCUCUUCUUGUCCCGCUGCUCCUGCCAGCACUCCGUGGCUGCUAUGCCUGUGCACUGUGAAGACGUGUCGGGAGUCACUCCUGGUCCUGUUAGCAAACACUGGUGGUGAAGAGGGAAGGGUUGGGGCUCAUGCUGGCCUCACUGACCUCAAGCCUUGGUGAGAAGGGAGAGAAGUACGGUAGAAUGGAUCCCAAAUCCCUCUAUUGCUGCGUUUCCCCUAUCCACCAAAAAAUCUCCUUCUGAUUUCUGAGACAAUGGAUGAAUCUGCUCUUACUGAAAAAGAGGGGGAGCUGGAGAUGUCAGGAGUGGCUCGAAUCCAGCACCAAGGAGAGCUGUUUCUGAUGCUAUAUACCAACAUCUAAAGCAUUGGGGACUACAGAUAAUGGCUUAAAAAGGGAUCUGAAAUGCUCUGAAACUAAGAAUCAAAGCCACUGUUGGUUUUUUUCUUUCCUGUGAGGAUGGUGAUGCAGAAUCGUCCUGGAGGAGGCCCAGCAGCACUGCUGAUGCUGGGUUCCACCUGGACCUGCUGGUGGCAUCAGGACACUGUACUGGCAAAAGAAUGCGUGGACUUGCCAAAAACAAUUUAAAAAAAAAAGAAAAAAAGAAAAAAAAAGAAUCUGCAAAGCUCCUUUCCACUCUGUAAUUUAUAAACAGCAAGUAAUAAUGAACUUUUUGUAAGGAUAAAUCAAAUGUACAUUCUGAAAUCAUUUUCUCUGUAAAUGGUUGGAUUUCAUUUCACCCUUAAAGGGAUGCUUAAAAGGAGGAAAUAAUAAAAAUAAUAAUAAUUAAAAAAAAAAUUACAAAGUCUGAAAGGAAACCAA